GGGACCAAUCACAGGACGGUGAGCAGCGAGGUCCAGUUCCUGACGUUGUGCGGCCGCCGCGGGGUUUAUUUAGCUCUAGGGUCCUGACCGCCGCCAUUCGGAGUCCUCUGCGCCCGAGGCUGUCCCCAGACCGCUCCGCCCCUGUCCCCGAGCCUCGGCCCCCGCCUCCGCGCCGCCUCUCCGCCCCUCGGGCCGCUGGGAGCCGCGCGCGGGCCCGCGGAGAACAUGUCCUGACUGAGGCGGGAGGGCGGAGGCGGCAGCAGCGGGGUGGGCGGCGGCGCCGAGGGAGGCGGAGAGGGGCCGGGCUCGGCUCGUCGCCGCUGGCCGUGCGGGAGUCGCCGCCGCCGCCGCCGCCGCCGCCGCGGCCGCCGGGCGCCGCGCGUCAGACGGGGAGGAGGAGGAGGAUCCGCGGCCGCCAGGAAUAGCUAUUCACAGUCAGACAGAACCACUUACACGUUUUGCAGUAUCUUCCGAGGAAGUCAGAAUCUGAGCCAGCAUGAAGAUUGAAUCUUGUCUUUGGUCUGAUUUACCUUUAUUGUAACCAUGUGCAAGGUGGAGGUUGUAGCAUGGAAACUAAAAUCUUACUUCCUGCCUGAUAUAACUCACUUCAAGAAGUACACAAUGUCAGAACAUGGGAUUAAGUGGGCCUGUGAAUAUUGUACGUAUGAAAACUGGCCGUCUGCAAUCAAGUGUACUAUGUGUCGUGCCCAGAGACCCAGUGGAACAAUUAUUACAGAAGAUCCAUUUAAAAGUGGUUCAAGUGAUGUUGGUAGAGAUUGGGAUCCUUCCAGUACUGAAGGUGGAAGUAGUCCUUUGAUAUGUCCAGACUCUAGUGCAAGACCAAGGGUUAAGUCUUCAUACAGCAUGGAAAAUGCAAAUAAAUGGUCAUGCCACAUGUGUACAUAUUUGAACUGGCCAAGAGCAAUCAGAUGUACCCAGUGCUUAUCCCAGCGUAGAACCAGGAGUCCCACAGAAUCUCCUCAAUCCUCAGGAUCUGGUUCAAGACCAGUGGCUUUUUCUGUUGAUCCUUGUGAAGAAUACAAUGAUAGAAAUAAACUGAAUACAAGGACCCAGCAUUGGACUUGUUCUGUUUGCACAUAUGAAAACUGGGCUAAGGCUAAAAAAUGUGUUGUUUGUGACCAUCCCAGACCUAAUAAUAUUGAAGCAAUAGAGUUGGCAGAGACCGAAGAAGCGUCUUCAGUAAUAAAUGAACAAGACAGAGCUCGGUGGAGGGGAGGCUGCAGUAGUGGUAAUAGCCAAAGAAGAUCACCUCCAACGAUGAAACGGGACUCGGAAGUGAAGAUGGAUUUUCAGAGGAUCGAAUUGGCUGGUGCUGUUGGUACCAAGGAGGAACUUGAAGUGGACUUUAAAAAACUAAAGCAGAUUAAAAAUAGGAUGAAAAAGACUGAUUGGCUAUUCCUCAAUGCCUGUGUGGGUGUUGUGGAAGGUGAUUUAGCAGCCAUAGAAGCAUACAAGUCAUCAGGAGGAGAUAUUGCACGCCAACUUACUGCAGAUGAAGUACGCUUGCUGAACCGUCCUUCUGCUUUUGAUGUUGGCUACACUCUGGUACACCUGGCCAUACGCUUUCAGAGGCAGGACAUGUUAGCGAUAUUGCUUACAGAGGUAUCUCAACAAGCUGCAAAGUGUAUUCCAGCAAUGGUGUGUCCUGAACUGACAGAACAAAUCCGGAGAGAAAUCGCUGCUUCUCUUCACCAGAGAAAGGGGGAUUUUGCUUGCUAUUUUCUGACUGACCUUGUAACAUUUACAUUACCAGCAGAUAUUGAAGAUUUGCCUCCAACAGUUCAAGAAAAAUUAUUCGAUGAGGUGCUUGAUAGAGAUGUUCAAAAAGAGCUAGAGGAAGAAUCUCCAAUUAUAAACUGGUCUUUGGAGUUGGCUACACGUUUGGACAGUAGACUAUAUGCACUUUGGAACCGGACUGCCGGAGAUUGUUUACUUGACUCAGUACUACAAGCUACAUGGGGCAUUUAUGACAAAGACUCGGUGCUUCGGAAAGCCCUGCAUGACAGCCUGCAUGACUGUUCACAUUGGUUUUACACACGCUGGAAAGACUGGGAAUCGUGGUAUUCCCAGAGCUUUGGUUUACAUUUUUCACUGAGGGAAGAACAAUGGCAAGAAGACUGGGCAUUCAUACUCUCUCUAGCUAGUCAGCCUGGAGCAAGUUUGGAACAGACACACAUUUUUGUACUUGCACAUAUUCUUAGACGACCAAUUAUAGUUUAUGGAGUAAAAUAUUAUAAGAGUUUCCGGGGAGAAACUUUAGGAUAUACUCGGUUUCAAGGAGUUUAUCUGCCUUUGUUGUGGGAACAGAGUUUUUGUUGGAAAAGUCCAAUUGCUCUGGGCUAUACAAGGGGCCACUUCUCUGCUUUGGUUGCCAUGGAGAAUGAUGGGUAUGGCAACCGAGGUGCUGGUGCUAAUCUGAACACUGAUGAUGAUGUCACCAUCACAUUUUUGCCUCUGGUUGACAGUGAAAGGAAGCUCCUCCACGUGCACUUCCUUUCUGCUCAGGAGCUAGGUAAUGAGGAGCAGCAAGAGAAGCUGCUCAGAGAGUGGCUGGACUGCUGUGUGCCUGAAGGGGGCGUUCUAGUGGCCAUGCAGAAAAGCUCUCGUCGGAGGAACCACCCCUUGGUCACACAAAUGGUAGAAAAAUGGCUUGACCGCUACAGACAGAUCCGGCCUUGUACAUCCCUGUCUGAUGGAGAGGAAGAUGAGGAUGAUGAGGAUGAAUGAAAACAAACACCUAAGGAGAAAAAAAGACCAAGGCAUCAGGUCUGAGGUGGCCCCAAAGUUACUGUGGUAUCCUAAACAGAAUAUGCAGCAUGGAGCGAGCCAUACCCUGCCGGAUCUGCUCCCAAGUUAUCUUUCUGUUCCACACUCACUGGAGAGAAUUGAGUGCAUCUGCAUGAGGAGAUGGAGAACUUUGGUUGAACUACAGUUUGUAAAAAAGAAAAA